CAGACCUACGCUUUUCUGGGUUAUUGAUGCUUUUUCUACCACCAAGUUGGGUAGAUAACCAAAGGGUAGGAAAACUGGUUGUUAUACUGUAACAAGAACAUUUCAAUUCUUUUGGAUUGAUAAGAAUAUAAAAAUGUCUUCAGGACCAGUUCGAAAUAAUCGAAAGGAUAAAUCGACACACAAAAACAAGCCAUAUGAUAGAAUUACAGAGUCUUCGCCUUUAAAAUCACCACAGACGCCCUCGAAAUCGAUUGUUCAACGCGCCAAAGAAUGGCUCACACCCUCUUCUUGGAAAAAGACAAUUGCCUUCUUGAGUAAAAUUCCGUCUGAAGAAUCGGAAGACGAAGAUCGCGACUUAAUGAUCGAUAGUAGUGAGGAAAUUAAGCCAGAAGAUCAUUCCUUCCAAAAGCAAUCUCAAACACUUGAGUCUCCGAAAACUCCAGCUGUCCCCCGUGGUAGCUCAUUGCCUCCGAUUUCCAAUCAAGAUUCGCCAAAUCAGCUAUUAGCGAUGUUCUUCUCCAACAAGGGAAAUCAGCCUUUAAACGAGGUAGAGCGCGAAGGAGUCAUGAGUCUUUUAUCCAGAAAUGGUUCCCCUGCUUCAACAACUCAUCAUUCUCCUUCCGUUCCCUCCCAGCAAUUUAGCACUCCUAAAUAUACCGCCAAUCCUCAUCGUGCUGUUUCAAGUGAGUCUCGCAUCCAAACAUCAGGUUCUUUUCACCCUAGCCCAAAUUCUUCUAGACAAUGGCCUGCUUUUCGUUCUACUUUCUCUCCGAUUCUGGGAAAUUCUAAACUUCCUAAUGUGCCAGGAAGCUCUCCGCUUUCGGCUCAAAAAACUAGUUACUAUGGACCCACAAUGUCUACCCCGUUUCGCAAAAAUUUACAACGGAAACGUCAUUCAACUACACCUGUCGGUGCUUCAAAGCUAAUUUCUUUGGCUUCCUCUACUACUCCCGAUUUUGUUUCGAAGCGUAGCAAGAACGAGUCCUUUAAUGGAAGUUUCACCGCAAAUGAAGAUUCUUUCAGUACUGUUCCCGCUUCUUCUCCCUUUCCUCCUACGCAAAGCACACCUCAGCAGAAAACGCCUAGUCGUACGGCUGCAAACCUAAUGAGCAUCUUAGAAAGUAAAGAAAGUCCAGUCACUAGCUCCCCUAAAGAUAGUCUUGCAAAAAACACGAAAGCUUCUUAUAUCAGUCCAUAUGCGAGACCUGGCGUUACUACUUCCCGUCGUCGUCAUACACUUGCCAAAGAGGAAACUCGCCCUUUAAAGACAAUUGAGGAGAAACAUGAAGUGCCAGCUGUAGAGGCUCUUAAUAAGUCGUCAAACUUACAGACCUAUAAACCUGAUUUUACUCCUCAAUUCUUAAAAGAAUCCUCAAUUCCUGAAACUAAAAAAGAACCAGAGUCUGUCUCUAAGAACACCGAUGCUGAUUCUUCAAAAACAACUCCGGUUUUCAAGUUUACUGCUCCAUCUAGUAACCCUUCUACUAGUAUGUUCUCUCAAUCUACAAAGCCUACUGAGAAUUUAACGAAAGAAAGGCCUGCUGAAGCGGCUCAACAAGGGGAAGCAAUUGAUGUUGACAUGGAAGACUCGAAAGGAGAAUCCAAGAAGGAAGGAAAUGACAUCUCUUCUCAAAAACAGUCGGAAAAGCAACCGGCGUUUGGAGGAUUUUUUGCAAACCAAUCAGAGUCGAAGCUUCCUGCAGGUUCAGUAGAAGCACCUAAAACUACUGGAUCUCAAGGAUUUUCUUUUGGCUCCCUUGCCAAUAAAUCAACAUUACCCAGUGCCCCUUCUGUUGAGCAAAAGAAAGCUGAAAAGUCCAGCAUCCCUUCAUUUGCAUCUGCGGAGUCUGCUGCUUCGGCUAAUGAUGGAGAUAAUGGAGCUUCCCAACCUACGAAAGAGCCCAAACCCUUUUCCUUUGCAUCGCUUACCGCAUCCCCGAAGGUGGAUGAGAAGCCGAAAGAAACACCAGCUUUUACGUUUGGCAUUGCUGGUAAGACUCAAGCAAGCAAAGAUCCUAAGCCAUUUUCCUUUGCAGCUCCUACUUCAUCUCCAAAGGUAAAAGAGAAUUUAGAUAAGGCACCUGUUUUUACGUUUGGUAGUACCGGAAGCAACAUCUCUUCUUCCACGGCUCCUGCUCCCGUACAGAAGGAAGAAAGUGUUCCUGAAAAAGUAGAUUUGCCUCAGUUCCCAUUCACUAUUCUACCAAAGAAGGAUAUUACUGGGAACUCUGAGGAUGAAAAGGCAUUAUCUGUUACCGACGAGAUUCCAUCCUUUACUUUCUCAACUUUAGACAAGAAAAAUCAUUCAGAAUGAUCUUUCAGAAAAGGAUUUGAGUUUGUAGAUUUUCUCAUUUGCGACGAUAUGAGAUACUUGUUUUCGCAAAGUUUUUGAUAUUUGCUGUGAUUAUUUUUUUAUUUUUGAAUAGCUUUUACGAGUAAAAUAGGGAAUACAUGAUGAAAAAGGGAUAAUGGGUGACGAUAAAUAUUGACAAAACCUCAAUUGAUUGUUUGUAACUUAUUUCAUUUACGUA